CGCAACCGUGUGCAGCUCGAAUUUGACAGCGGCCGCGGAGCUGUUUUCGUUUCGUCGAACAUUUUCCGAAUAUUUCCUGCUCAACCAGAUCAAACUGUGCUCCACGAUGGAUUUCGAGAAAGUUUGUCGCCUGUGCCUGGAGGAGAGGGAGCGGUUGCGGCCGAUCACCGCCGGCGAGGACACUUUUCUGCGUGACAUUUUCCGCAACAUUUUGCAGAUUGAGGUAUAUCCAAAUGAUCAACUGCCGCAAAACAUUUGCGCAACGUGCGUAACUUCGCUUAUAAAACUUCACAGUACGAUUGAACUGUUCCGGGCGAACGAUUUAAAGCUUCGCAAUCAGUUGUACGGAUUUGUUGAGGUCAAAACGGAGAUCAUUGAGGAAACGGUGGAACCGGCACCGUUACCAAAUCCCAAAAAAGAAGAUGAGCAGGAUGAAAACGGUGAACUGCCGGAGGCAGAGUACUUGGAUGAGGAUUUACUCGUGGAUCCCAGUGAGAUCAAAAGUCCAGAAUACGAGGACCUUCAAGGCUUCACUAAAAACGAGGAUCAAGACGAAUCUGAUUUGGACAUUACAGCAGAUUGGAAGGUGCCAACAGACGAGAGUGAUUCUCAACUGGAACGUCCCAAGCGAAAGCAGGGUCGACCGCGGGUUAGACCGAUGAAACAGCGGCGAAAGGGCGUCUUCGGUCGGCCCCGAACUAACUUUAGAGAUCCAAACCGGCCACGUAAAAACGAUCACAAGUGCUACAUCUGCAUGAGUGAAUCGCUGGGAAGUUCCGAAGCGCUCUUUGUCCACUUGAGUUCACACACCGACCAGCUGCCGUACACGUGCACCGUGUGCGUGCAGGAAACGGUCGUGAUCAAUCAGGUCACCACGCUGAACAUCCACAAAAGGAUGCACCUACUGCCGGAGAAGUGCCCGCACUGCGACAAACGCUUCAGCGGCAAACACAACAUCGAACUACACAUUUUAAUGCUGCACCAGGAGCUCGCACCGCAAGACGAAAGCCCCGCACCGUGCCCCACGUGUGGCAAGGUGUUCCUGUCGGAAAAGGCUCUGCGAUUCCACAUGCACUCGCACAAUCAAAGAAUUGCGUGCGAAAUCUGCGGCAAAAUGUACCACUCGAAAACAAAACUCCGCGUUCACAUUCGACGGGUGCACGAAAAAACCGGCAAAGUGGAGUGCCACAUUUGUCACAAAAUGCUGAAUUCGUUGGAUGCGGUUCAAAGUCACAUCAAUAUUAUGCACACAAAUGAGAAGGUUCAGUGCAAGUACUGCCCGAAGACCUACACCUCGAAAACGAGCCUCCGCCUGCACGAAAAGCGCCACGAAACCAUCCCGGAGGGUAAGGAGAUGUCCAACGACUGGAAGCAGUUCUACACGUUCGUGGAAGGCAACGAGGACCUGAAGCCGAGUGCCCGCAUGAAGCGGUGCAACCUGUGCGGCGCCACCGUGCUGCAAAUCGGAACCCACCUGGCCAAGCGCCACUUCCCGAAGGAGUUCCGUUGCGCGCAGUGCGAAACAAACUUCAGCGACCGGAAAGCGCUGGAGGUGCACAUGCUGGAGCAUAGCGUCGGGAAGUUCCUCAAGUGUCCCAUCUGCGAGCACGAGUUUACCGAGCGAAAGUAUCUGGUGAAGCAUCUCAAGACCAAAAAGCACCGCGACCACCCGCUGGCGCAAAACACCGACUGGCUCGAUGCCAAGUAUCCGUCGACGGUGCCGAAGCGGAUCAAGUCGGAGGGAGGCACGGUUCAGGAGGUGCAGAGCGCGGUGGAAAGCAUUGGGGCGUUUGUGCAGGAAUCACGCCAGUGUGUUUACAUUCAUCUGUCACUCGCCAUCGUCGUCGUCGAGCCAACAGAGCAGCAGCAGCCAGAUUUUUCUUUCGUUCGCACAACGAUGGAGGACGAUUCUGCGGUGGCCGUCGCCGCCGCCGAGGCGCUUCCGGACGUGAAGCAGUCGCUAGAUUUCGAGAAAAUCUGUCGCCUCUGCUGCGAGGAGCGCUUCCGGAUGCGGACCAUUCUCGCCACCGAGGGGGACUACGCGCUGGGGAAGAUUUUCAGCGAGCUGCUCCGGAUCGAGGUUUAUCCCGACGAUGGGCUGCCGCAGAAGGUUUGCAAGGAGUGCGCCAGGAAUAUCGUCAAGAUGUUCGAGGCCGUCGAGUACUAUCGGGCGAACGAUUUGUCGCUGCGGAAGCAUCUGGUCGGAACGGUGGAGAUCAAGGAGGAGGAGGAGGAAGUGGACAUGGACUCGCCCAACGUUAUACAGCAGCUGAAAAUUGAAAUGCUCAGCGAACCUUCGGCAGUGCCGGUGAAGAGCGAAUAUCGCGAAAGACAGCAGCGACAGACUCCCGAGCAGGAUUAUGAGGACGAUCCGACCUGGGAGUUUGGGGACAGUUUGUACCCGGGCAACGAGGACGAAGACGAUCGGCAAUCUUCCUCAUCUUCGUCGUCGUCGUCUUCCGACAGCAGCGAUGGCUCGGUCGACGGAGACACGUCCGACUCGGACGCUUCGGAAGAAAUCAAGCCCAAGAAGCGAGGUCGUCCACGGGGCAAAACCAACAGGGGACGUCCGCGGGGAUCGGGCGGCAAGCGUGGCCGUCGCAAAACCAAAGUGGACAAUCCGAGUCGGCCACGUAAAAACGACCACAAGUGCUACAUCUGCGGUUCGGAACCGCUCGGCUCGGCAGAAGCCCUGGUGGCUCAUCUGAACGAACACACGUCCGAAGUUCCGUACACGUGUCCAAUCUGUGUCAUGCAAACGAUCGUAAUUACCAGUGUCAACACGUUGAACAUCCACAAACGGAUGCACCUGAAUCCGUACAAAUGUGACCACUGCGAUCGUCGUUACAGCGACCGGAACGCGGUCGACUUGCACAUGCAAAUGCAGCACACGGGCGCCAACGAUCCGUGUCCGUCGCCCUGUUCAUACUGCGGCAAGAUCUGUCCGACGCGGCUGUCCCUGCGCUAUCACGAGCGAAGUCACCAGACGGCCGUGGCCUGCGAAAUCUGCGGCCGACUGUUCGCCGAGAAGCACAAACUCAAGCAGCACAUCCGCCGGAAGCACGAAAAGAUCCGCGAGCACGAGUGCCACCUGUGCCAUAAGAACUUCUCCUCGCUGGACUCGGUUCACACCCACAUUCGGACGAUGCACUCCAACAACGAGUACAAGUGCGAGUACUGCAGUCGAACUUACACGUCCGAGCUGUCCCUGCGCUACCACAAGAAGAAGCACGAAAAUGACCAAAACUACCAAGCAACCCAAAAGUGGACCCAAUACUACACCGUGCUGGAGCCCGAACCCGGCGCCAAGGAGGGCGCCCAGCGCAUGAAACGGUGCAACAUUUGCGGGGCCGUCGUGCAGCAAAUCGGCACCCACCUCAGCAACAUCCACUUCCCCAAGGAGUUCCGCUGCACGCUCUGUGACGCGGUGUUCAAGCGCAAAGAAACGUACGAAUCGCACGUCAUGGAACACGAGCACGGCAAAGCGUUCAAGUGUCCAAUCUGCGGCAAAGAAUUCUCCAGCCGCAAGCUGCUCAUCUGCCACCUCAAGACCAAACAGCACCGAGAUCACCCACUCGCCCAAUCCCUCGAUUGGCUGUACACCAAGCGCGAGCGCGUACCGAAGCAUUUACAACAGCAGCAACCGCCGCCAAUUCAACCGCUGCCUCAGCACGUCGUCAAACGGGAAACGACCAUCGUGACCGGCGUCGAGCAGACCGUCUACACGACGCCAACAACUCCAACCGUGCAAGUGAUGGAACGUGGUGGUCCUGCUGCUGCGGCGGCGGCGUCCCCGAUGGACAUGUUCAAGGUCGGAGGGAGCGGGGUGCUCGUGUACCCGUCCGUUGUGGUGGAAACCCACACGCCGGACGUGCGCAGUCCGGAAAUGGUCGUACCGGUGCCGAUCAAGAGCGACAACGGGAUGAAACCCCCGCAAUUCCCAAUGGAUUUCACCGAAAUAUGUCGCAUCUGUUGCGAGACCCGGCCGGACCUGCGUCCAAUUCUGGAAUCCGACGGCGACGACGACUUCUUGCACCAACUGUUUCACCAAGUUCUGCGGCUGGAGAUCGCCGCCGACGACGGGCUGCCGCAGAAUGUCUGCACGCUGUGCCGGGAAACGCUGCGGAAUGUGCAAGAAACGAUCGCGAUGGCCCGCGCGAACGAUGCGAUGCUGCGAAAGCAACAGCAACGGCUGGCACGGGGAAGCGAUGGGGAACACCAGGUCACGGCGGAAUUGCAAGUCGAUCUUCUGACCGAAUCAGCCGUCGAAGAUCAACUCACAAACUCAUGCGAGGACGUCGAAGGAAUCGUUGAUGAAAACGUUAUCAUCGAAGAAGUGUUGGAAGAAUGGAUCCUCUCGGACGCUGAUGAUCACCCUUCUGAAUCAGAACUUUGCCCAACGGAUCAAGAGGAAUCCCACGCCAUCGUCCAGCAAGAAUCGUCCGACUCGGGACACGUUUCGACUGACCUCGAAGAGACCAACAAGGACAAGCCCAAAAAGCGCCCGCGCAAACGUCUCGUAAGUCCACCUCCGCCGCCUCGCAAGCGGCAAAGGCGUGACGAUCCGGAACGACCCCGCAAGAACGACUUCCGGUGUUACGUGUGCAAAAGUGAGUCGCUCGGGUCGGCGGAAGCCUUGUACGCCCACUUGAACUCACACGCCGACGAGCUGCCGUACACGUGCUCGAGCUGCGUGAUGGAACGGGUCGUGAUCCGGAGCGUUACGCAGCUGAACGUGCACAAGCGGAUGCACGAGAAUCCGGUCAAGUGUGGGUAUUGCGACAGGCGGUAUCACAACGCGCGAGCGGUGGAGUUGCACGUCCAGUUGCACCAUCUGGGGGAGAACGUUUCGCAGCCGGUGGAGUGUGGCCAUUGCGGGAAGGUUUGUCCUUCGCUGCCGGCGCUGAGAACCCACGAGAAGUUGCACACGCGUGCGCUGGGUUGCGAGUUUUGCGGGAAGUUGUUCACUGGGCGGCACAAGCUGCGCGAGCACAUCCGCCGGAAGCACGCGACGGUGAAGGAGUUUUCGUGCAAGGUUUGUGGGAAGGAGUUUGCCACGCUGCUGGCGGUGCAGUCGCACAUGAAGAUCAAACAUUCGGAGCAGGAGUUCAAGUGCGGCUUUUGCGAGAGGAGCUACAGUUCGGAUCAAUCGCGCCGUUUUCACGAGAAGAAGCACGCGAAGGAUGCAGGUUACCAGGCGAGCAACCGGUGGACGCAGUUCUACACGCUGAUCGAUUCCGGAGAGGGUGGUGCCAAGAAGAAGCAGUGCACUCUGUGCCAGGCGAUCGUGGGCGCGAUUGGACCGCACAUGACUUCGGUGCACUUUCCGCAAAAGUAUCGCUGCGACGUGUGCGAGGCCGAGUUCGGGUCGAAAGCUAGCUACGCGAUCCACGUGGCGGAACACGAGAAGGGCAAGGCGCACCGGUGUCCGAUCUGCGAGAAGGAGUUCUCGGUGAGGAAGCUGUUGCUGACGCAUUUGAAAACAAAGAAGCACCGCGAUCAUCCGCUGUCGAAGCUGUUCUUCAAGAAGGCGCCCACGACGGUGGAGGAAAUGUUUGGCGCGGACAUGCCGGAGCAGCUGCUGGAGGAUUGGGAGGUUGCGGGUUGAAUCGUUAUCAAAUUCUUUAUUGUUGUGUUUUAUUUUAAAAAAAUGAUCCUUUAUUAUUAAUGUUAAAGAGAAAUACAUAUCAAAAUGUACGCAAAA